AUGCAAUCAUCAACCAAUACAGCGGCCAUGAUCGAGCCCGGAAGCAUCAUUCUCAGCGAAAUUGCUUCUCUCAUUGAUACCUUUUGCAAUCCCGAUAUUCCAUCAUCAAAAAAAGAGGGAGCGAAAAGGCUUCUCAUUGAUCAUGUGCAGGGAGGAAGACUCUCCAUCAAUGAUGGAAUUAAAUUAUUAGGUGAAUAUUUAAAUCAUGCAACCGAUGAAAAGAUUAGAGGCUCAGCCUAUGCAAUCUUACAUUUAAUUUUGGAAAACGUUCCCGAUCAAAACAUGGAUAAUCAAGAUGAUCAUCAAACAAAACUAGUAACAACUCUAUUAAGAUUUAUAACUGAUCGAUUAUAUGACUUUGAUUGUUUGGCAACUCUAGUACCUUGUUUAUUUGUGUGCUUUAAUAGAUGGCCCAAUCUCAUCUCUCUUGAACAAUGCACUCACAUUGUUCUUCAAUUUUUUGAGAAUGUCAAUGUUCAAUCCAUUGCAAGUGCUUCAGGAGUGCAGAGCGCAACAAAAACAAGAGCCAUGUGUUUUGAAUGGUUUAGUUUGCUCAUUGACAAAUUUCCAUCCAUUGUCAAAUCUGUGAAUUUUUUGAAUGGUUUUAUUCAAUCAAUUGAGGGAGAACGUGAUCCUGCCAAUCUCAUUACUUGUUUUGAUAUGGUUCCUCGAAUUAUUGAAUUAUUCGAUAUGCAGUCUGAGAAUACUGAAAAAAUCUUGACUGGCAUUUCUGACGAUUUAUUUGAUGUCACUAGUUGUUACUUUCCAAUCACGUAUACACCUCCUCCUAAUGAUACAAGAGGUAUCACCAGAAGUGAUAUUUCAAACAAGCUUUUGAAAUGUUUUGCAUGUAACAAGUAUUUCGCUCCAAGUCUAUUUCCAUUUCUUUUAGAGAAACUUUCAAGUGAUCUCAUUGAAACCAAAAUUGAAGCAUUAGAAUACAUGUGCUAUUGUAUUGAACAGUAUGGGCCUUCCGUGGUUGAAGAAUAUUUAACUGAAAUUUGGGCAUAUAUUAAGGCUGAAGCUAUCAAAACCAGUUCCAUAGAUGUCAUGAAAAAGUGCUAUGAAUUCAUAACGAGAACGACAAGAGUGGUUGUCCUUCCAAAUGAUUCUCGUAUUAAGCAAUUUGACGUUCCAAAUAUUGAAGCAAUUGUGAGAACUGCUCUCGUUGAGCUACGUUCCAAAGAGUGCAAAUUUGCUGCACAAUACGCUCGAAUGCUCUAUGCAUGUGGAGUAGCUUCGAGCGACAUUUCCGUCAUUGUUUUCAAUAGAGUUUUUCCAGAGCUUAUUACCAUUCUCAAUGAAUCAGAGACCUAUGACAAAAUUUAUGGAACAUUUCUCAUGAUGACACAAGUAUUGCAAGCGUUAGCAGAGGCAUUUACUGUUUCACACUUGAACAACAUUCCACAACAUAUUGUUCAACUGAUAGGACAAGCACAGACGUUAUUUAUCUCCAUGUAUGAAGAGCAAUUCAAUAAGGAUGACAAGGAAAUGAUUCUUGUUAUUAUCGAACUAAUUUCAAGAUUUGCGGUUUUCAGAAUUGAAUCCUCCCUUUUGAAAGAUGUCUAUGUGAAUAGAAUUUUAUUGAAAUCAUAUGGAGAGGACCACAAGUCAUUUACACUCUUACAUGCAAAAUCAUUGGAAGAGUAUAAGGAUCGUUCUGUUAAGGAUAUUUCUUGGAUUUACAAAUAUGCCCCAGAUAUUAUUCAAAAAGAUGUAAUUAUUCCGCUCAUUCAAGUGUUAUACUCGUGUCAAAACCGCUCCGAGAUUAUCAACCGCAUUUUAUCGGUCAUUUCACAAAUAGGAACCGUUUGCCCAACGCUAACACCGUUUAUCACUGAACAAUUAUUUGAGCGGAUUUCCUUCAAUUUAACACAACAGAACAUGAAUAAGGAAAAUGAAAAAACAAAAAUAUUAGAAACCAUCAGUGGAUUGGAUGUCACCUUAAUUGAAGACUCACAGAAAAUGAAAUAUAUUAGAAAACUGAUUGAACUCUCUGAAAUGGAGGAAGAAAUUUCCAACAAUAACAAUAAUAAUAACAUUAACAAUGAAAUGAUGACUGAUGAAGAGCCACUUGAAGCAGAAAUGGAUGACCAGUUUGGAUCGUCUUGUGGAGCUGGUUGUGGACAUGACCACUCACAUCCCCAUCGAGGAGAAAUGUCACAUAUUUGCCUCUUACUUAAUCGAGCACUUCCAUUUGAACAACAGCAACAAAUAUUAGAUGAGAUAUUGCAGAGAAACAUUGGUCUUCGUCUCUCUGGUCAUUCCAUCAAGAAAUUUACUUCCGUUUUUUCAGCAUUAAUUGUUUCAUGCCAUCCUCAAGUGAACACGACAAGUAUUGUAGAAAUGGCUGGAAAUUUAUUGAGCUUGUCCUUGCAGAAUUUGCAUCCAAUGGGCGUCACGUCUUUCCUUUCCCAAGCCAUUGCAUCUCUCCUCAACAAACUUCCUCUCGAAUCGAAUGAAUUUAAAUAUUUGACUUCCCUCUGCAAUACUCUCGUUUUAGAACCAAUUUCUCAAGUGUUGAAUGGUAUUGCUAUCCCAACGGAUCAUAUUUUAGCAUUGGACCGUUAUUUAGAAGUCUUGUCUUGGAUUUUGAAAGGACUUGUCAUGCGAGGAGCUUACGUGUAUGCAGAUGCCUAUUCCAACAUUUUAUGCUCAUGUCUCGUAUUUGAAUUUCCUCAACAACAUUUUUCAUCAAAACUCAACAAGAAAGCAGCUGACUGUUUUUUGACAGCCAUUGGAGAAGAUGAAAAUUCACUCCACAGAGACAAUCACGCCAUUGUGCAAGUACUGUACAAGCAGAGAUUCUUUGCUAUGAACGUUCGAAAAUUAAUGGACUCUAUUACAACUACAAGUCAUCAACCUCAUAUCAUUGGAUCCAUAUUGUUGGCACUGUCGAAUUUGAUUCACAAUGUUCCAACACAAGUUAUUUUGAGUGAAGUGAAAAAUAUUUUCCCAAUUGUUUUAAAGUUUUUGGAAAUGAGACCUUCGUUGGCACAAGAUGAAGCUCACACGAAGAAUUAA